AUGGUGGGGGGUUAUUUUGAGCUUCCCAGCUCGGGCUCGCGUCGAUCCAGCACUCCUGAUACGGGGAAAAGUGCUCCCAGAACUUCCUCUGUGUCACAUCAAUCGUCAUUCCUCGCCUCGAGUGAUAGCUUGCCGGUCCCAUGGGCAUAUCAGGAGUGCAGGGUGGCGGAAGCUGAAGCUCGGGGCAAGCAGUGGAAUGCAGGAGCUCAGAAACCCGCCAAUCGAGUCAAGUUUACGCUCGACGAGCUUGAGUCGGAAGACCGAUUUGGUGGAUCCUCGGAUAAGACCCGACUGGAUCCAAAUGGAACAGCUUUGCCUCGAAGACCAUGGCCGGCUGCUAGCAUUCCAGCCAGCCAGGAAAAAGGGCCCGUAAACAUAAUCCCCGAGCCCUCAGUGGAGGAAGGGGCAUUAAGGUCGGCAGGGGCGUCAAUAGAUGUCACUGGCCUGAUGAUCCAUCCCCAGUCGAGCUCGCCCGGCAAUGAGAUCAGCGUAUGCUCCGACGACCAAGAGCAAGCUGUGGCCUGUGAAGAUAAUACGCAGAAGCUGGCAUCCCUACUAAGUCGCCCUCAAAAAUCCCCGCGGCUCAGCCCUCGAGUGAGCCCUGCACCGUCCAUUACAUCUGCUUCCACCGAAGUGGUGCAUACUGCUGAAUAUGGGGAUGAGAUUCCUAUGAUAAGCUUGCCUGAGAAACAACAACCCUCUGGUUCCACAAACGAGAAUGCAACGCCCACCGACAACGGGCGAUUCACUCCGCGCACCUCCGAGGCCUCCAAUCUUAUACACCAAAUGUCCCGUCCGGACUUCAGCUUCUUCACUCGCGUUCGUGCUCCUUCUCCAGGUCCUCUCUCCGGCCGGGUGACUCCAGUCGAAGAAAGGGACCAAGAGAGACGUACGUCGAGCGACCAUCCUAUUACCGUGGUGCUAUACGACCGCCGCAGCAGCGGUUCCCUCUUCAGCAGCCAACGUCGAGGUCGGUAUGGCAGCACAUCCGAAGAAAGCUCCUCUGAGUUCAGCGGACGCAGCCUAUCCUCGGAUACGUGCAAACCAAAUCGACCUAGGAAGUGGUAUGAUAAAUCACCCAGCCGCUCGAGCACUACGCUGACUGGAACCACCAUUACGGGGUCUUCCAGCAGCUCAACCCGAAGGACGUCGUCCCCCUUUGCCAUGCUGAAGCGAUCCAAGAGCAGUGGUGCUGUGGGCCAGGUCUCUCGCCCCUGGAAAAGACCUCAUCUCGAAGACGAAAUUCGAAUUACCAUUCACAUCGCCGAGCUGCUAUCGCGUCAGAGAUAUCUGAUCCGUCUCUGUCGAGCCUUGAUGAAAUACGGUGCGCCGACCCACCGCCUCGAGGAAUACAUGCGGAUGACUGCUCGCGUGUUAGAGAUCGAUGGGCAAUUUUUGUACAUCCCUGGAUGUAUGAUCAUAUCGUUCGAUGACGCCUCAACGCACACGACCGAGGUCAAAGUCGUCAGAUCAACGCAAGGCGUGGACCUUAGCCGUCUUGCGGAUGUGCACGAGAUAUACAAAGAAGUGAUCCACGACGUGAUCGGUGUGGAAGAAGCCAUCCAGCGGCUCGACGAAAUUGCGAAGAGACCCGACAAACUGCACAUCCUCUUCCGGAUCCUUGCCCAUGGGUGUGCUAGUGCAUGCGUGGGGCCUUUCGCCUUUCAGGCCCGACCAAUCGACAUGCCCAUCGCGUUUCUCCUGGGCUGCAUGCUGGGGAUCUUACAGCUCAUUUUGUCUCCCAAGUCAAGUCUCUACUCAAACGUAUUCGAGAUCUCUGCGGCCGUGUUGACUUCCUUCCUCGCCCGCGCGUUUGGGAGUAUCAAGUUCGCCGGUGAACCGCUCUUUUGCUUUUCUGCACUCGCCCAGUCUUCCAUCGCCCUGAUCUUGCCGGGCUACACUUCGGGCAGCAUCAUUGCUGGAUCGGUACGGAUGGUCUAUGCUAUCAUAUACUCGCUUUUCCUGGGGUUCGGCAUCACGAUUGGCACCGCUGUUUACGGCUUGCUCGACUCCCAGGCGACGACUGCGUACACAUGCCCUGCCAGCCCCAUCACCAAUGAAUAUCUCCAGCGGUUCCCCUUUGUCCUGCUGUUCACCGUGUGUCUUGCCCUUGUCAAUCUCGCCAAGUGGAAGCAGAUUCCCGUCAUGUUGUGCAUAUCACUGGCUGGCUACGCGGUGACAUACUUCAGCUCAAAGCGGUUCUACUCGAACACGCAGGUCUCCAACGCCCUUGGCGCCUUCGUGAUUGGGAUUAUGGGCAACUUCUACAGCCGCAUCCGCCAUGGCCUUGCCGCUGCUGCCAUGUUACCUGCUAUAUGGGUUCUUGUUCCCUCCGGCCUGGCUGCUAGUGGUUCCUUGAUCUCGGGGAUCACUUCGGCAGAGGAAAUGACCCAAUCACCAUACUCGGUCGUUUCCAACGGAACCCAGGGCUUCGCCGACGCGGCGAAGAACAUGACUUCCCCCGAAAACCGGACUCAAUCAUACGGUGUUGUUUUCGACAUCGGCUACGGCAUGGUCCAGAUCGCAAUAGGCACAACCGUUGGGCUCUUCCUCGCCGCUCUCAUCGUUUACCCCCCUAGGCAAGAAGCGCAGUGGACUCUUCAGCUUCUAAUUUAG